UAUUCUCUCUUACAAUUCUCUCAAUUUCUCAUUCUCUUACCAUACUCUGUUGGCGUUCUGUACUUUGAGUUCUUCCAAAAUGGCUGAACAAAUCCCAUUCAGUACUAUAGCUGACGUUUUAACCAAGUUGGGCUCCUCGGCUUUUCAACAAAUUGGAUCUGCGUUUGGUGUGACAAAAGAGUUAACGAAGCUUACGAAGAAGCUGGACACCAUCAAAGGUGUACUGGUUGAUGCUGAGAAGAGGCAGGAGGAGAGCGAUGCAGUAAAAGCUUGGGUGAGGAGGCUCAAAGAUGUUGUGUAUGAUGCUGAUGACUUGUUGGAUGACUUUGAGAUGCUUCAGCUGCAGCGUGGAGGAGUAGCAAGGCAGGUCAGUGACUUCUUCUCAUCUUCCAAUCAAGUAGUACUUCGUUUUAAGAUGAGUGAUAGACUCAAGGAUAUCAAAGAAGAGGUUGAAGAAAUUGUGAAAGAAAUCCCUAUGCUAAAACUUAUUCAAGGGAAAGUAGUUCAGAGGGAGGUAGAGAGUAGUCGGAGAGAGACUCACUCAUUUGUGUUGACCUCUGAAAUGGUGGGAAGAGAUGAAGACAAAGAGGAGAUAAUAAAAUUGUUGGUGUCAUCAGGGAAUGAAAAAAAUCUUUCUGCUGUAGCCAUUAUUGGAAUUGGGGGUUUGGGUAAGACCGCCCUUGCUCAGCUGGUAUAUAAUGAUAUGAGAGUAGCAGACUUUUUUCAGCCUAAGAUAUGGAUUUGUGUUUCUGAUGAUUUUGAUGUAAAGUUGCUGGUUAAAAAAAUUUUGGAAUCUUUAAGUGGUGGAGAUGUAGAUUUGGGGUCAUUAAACGUUUUGAAAGAUUCCUUGCAUGAAAAAAUAAGGCAGAAGAGAUACUUGCUAGUACUUGAUGAUGUUUGGAAUGAUGACUUCCAAAAAUGGGAGGAAUUGAGGACCUUGUUGAUGGUUGGUGAUAAAGGGAGUAGGAUUCUAGUAACCACCCGAAAUAGAAACGUUGCAUCAACUAUGGGUAUUGAUCAUUUUCCUUUUUCUUUGAAAGGUUUGAAAGAAAAUCAGUCUUGGAAUUUAUUUUUAAAAAUAGCAUUUGAAGAAGGACAAGAAAGACUGUAUCCAAGCCUUGUAGAAAUUGGAAAAGAAAUUGUAAAUAUGUGUAAAGGAGUUCCUCUUAUCCUCAAAACACUAGGAGCAAUAUUGCGCAUUAAAACUGAAGAAAGUAUGUGGUUGUCCAUUAAAAACAACAAAAAUUUGUUGUUAUUGGAAGGUGAAAAUAAUGAUAGUGUUUUAUCAGUGCUCAAGUUAAGCUAUGAUGCUCUACCAUUCCAUUUGAAGCAAUGUUUUGGUUAUUGUGCGUUAUUUCCAAAAGACUAUGAAAUUGAGAAAAAAGUGUUGGUACAAUUAUGGAUGGCACAGGGGUAUAUUCAAGCUUCAGGGGUAGGAAACCGGUAUUUUGAGGAAUUGUUGUCAAGAUCAUUAUUGGAGGAGGUUACAAAAGAUGCUUAUGAUAAUAUAUCAUAUUGCAAAAUGCAUGAUCUUAUACAUGAUCUUGCACAAUCGGUUGUUGGAUUUGAGGUCCUUGGCUUAGGGAAUAAUGUGAAGGAGAUCUUGGAAAGAGUUUAUCACAUUUCAUUCUCUAAUUCGUUGAAUCUUACGGGGAAGGAUUUGAAGAUAAAACACAUAAGGACCAUGUUGAAAGUUAAUAGAUAUUCUAAAAAUGAUUCAGUUGUGCAUACUCUUAUUCCAAAUUUUAAGAGUUUACGUGUGUUAAGCCUACAUGGAUUCAGUGUAAAAAAAGUGUUGAAAUCUUUGGGCAAAAUGAGUCAUUUAAGAUAUCUUGAUCUUUCAUAUAAUAAUUUCAAGGUACUCCCAAAUGCUAUUACAUGGUUAUAUAAUUUGCAGACAUUAAAACUUAUUAAUUGUGGGCAUGUAAAAAAAUUUCCCAAGGAUAUGAGGAGAUUGAUUAAUCUUAGGCACUUGGAGAAUCAAGGGUGUGGGAGUUUGACUCAUAUGACAUGUGGGAUAGGAGAGUUAUCUUUGCUUGAAAGCCUACCAGUGUUUGUUGUUGGAACUGGGAGUAAAGUUGGCAGAUUGAGUGAAUUAAAAAGGCUGAACAACCUCAGAGGACAGUUAUGGAUUGAAAAGCUUGAAAACGUGAUGGAUGCUAAGGUAGAAUCCAGGGAAGCAAAUUUGGUCGAAAAACAAUACAUUGAGUCCUUGGGAUUAGAAUGGUCAUAUGGUCAAGAAGAACAGUCAGGUGAGGAUGCUGAGUCAGUGAUGGUAGGCCUCCAACCACAUCGAAACCCAAAGGAGCUCUUUAUAAUAGGAUAUGGAGGUAAGGGAUUUCCACGUUGGAUGAUGAAUGGUGAAUUGAGUACCAUGCUCCCUAACCUCACCACAAUUUAUUUGGCAUCAUGUUUAGGAUGCCAGACUCUACCAUGCAUUGUUCGACUCCGUCAUCUCAGGUCUCUGAAGCUUCAUCAUCUGGGAAAGGUGGAGUACAUGGAGUAUUCAUCAGAAGGGCCAUUCUUCCCAUCUCUUCAAAAUCUCUAUCUGAGUUUUAUGCCAAAGUUGAAGGAAUUAUGGAGGAGGGACUUAGCAACACAACCACCUCCUUCAUUUCCUUGUCUUUCACUAUUGCUGAUCAACAAGUGUGAUGACUUGGCAUCCUUAGAAUUGUAUCCGUCACCUUGUAUUUCUAGUAUAGAAAUCACCUAUUGCCCUAAGUUGACAUCCUUACUACUACCUCCAUCUCCUCUUCUUUCACAAUUAGAGAUUAGGUACUGUGGUGACUUGGCAUCCUUGGAACUGCAUUCAUCUCAUCUUCUUUCUAGUUUAUACAUCUCCCAUUGCCUUAAGCCCACAUCCUUGAAACUGUCUUCCUUACCUUGCCUUGAGAGUCUGUGUCUGAAUGAAGUGAAAGAGGGGGUAUUGCGGGAGUUAAUGUCGGCCACUGCUUCUUCAUUGAAGUCUGUGAGGAUUCAAGACAUAGAUGAUUUGAUGUCUCUCCCAGAUGAGCUUCAUCAACAUGUUUCCACUCUUCAAACUCUCAAAAUUGGGGACUGCUCUCAUUUGGCAACAUUACCACAUUGGAUAGGCAACCUCACCUCGCUUACACACCUUAGAAUCACAAACUGUCCUGAAUUGACAUCAUUACCCCAAGAGAUGCAUUCCCUCACUGCCCUACACACACUCUCAAUUGACUACUCUUGUGGUUUGGCAUCAUUACCAAGCUGGAUAGGCGGCCUCACCUCGCUGACUGAUCUUGAAAUUGGUACUUGUCCUGAAUUGACUUCAUUGCCAGAAGAAUUGCAUUGUCUUAGAAUCCUCAAGAGUCUCACAAUUCACGACUGGUCUAGUUUGACAACAUUACCAGCUUGGAUAGGUAGCCUCUCAUCACUUGAAUACCUUCAAAUUCGUAAAUGCCCUAAAUUGACAUCACUGCCAGAAGAGAUGCGUUCCCUCACAACCCUCUACCUACUCGAAAUCUCCGAAUGUCCAUACUUAUCUAAAAGAUGCCAAAGGGAAAAAGGUGAAGACUGGCCCAAGAUUGCUCAUGUCCGAAUAAAAGUGGAUGACGGGUUUGAUGCAGAAAGCCAUUUCAGGUGUUAAUAGUUUUCAAGAUAAUGCAAAAGAAGGUGAUGGUGAAGAUAAGCUUAAUAUUGCCCAUGCCUCCUGAUAUAUCUUGAUAGGCUAUUGAGAGCUGGUGAAAUAGGAAAGGCUUUGCUCACUUGCUGAGGGACAGGCUCUCUUCUCUGUUCUGAAUUGACAACAUUCCCAGGCUGGAUAAGCAGACUCACAUUACUUGUAGAGCUCUGAAUUCAUUCUUGCCCUCAAUUGAUAUCACCACUAGACGAGAUGGAUUCCCUCAGCACUCUACAAAGACUCACAAUUUGGGAUCAUUCUAGUUUGACAACAUUACUAGACUGUAUUGGUAACCUCACAUCAACUGUUCUUGUUUAGCAGCUUUAUCAGACUGAAUAAACAACCCGACCUCUCUUAAUGAGCUUCAGAAUGCUGUCAGCCUUAAAUUGAAAUCACUGCCAGAGGGGGAUGUGUCCCCUCAGCACUUCAAUGUUCUCGAAAUUGACAUGGUUGGCUGAUUCAUAAAGGAUUUCUGUUCUAUAAUUCAAGCAUGUCCUCUAUAAUGUAUUUCAGAUGUAAUUGGUGUAAAUUCAAUGUAAAAAGGGAUAAUGGUGGGGCUUGGACAUCUCUAUCAGUGGAUGCAACAUUUAAUCACCUUUGAGAGGUGGAAUAAAUGUUGCAAAGAGCUUUUUUUGUCGAAUAAUGAGUUGAUGCUUCCGCUAUUGGAGCUUGGAAAUGGUAACAUUCUGGAAAUCCUUAAAAUCAUCAAUUUCUCUUGUUUUGUAACUUUACCGGACUAGAAGACAGCCUGACAUCUCUUAAUGAGCUUGAAAAUGUUGUUGGCCUGGAAUUGAAAUCACUGCCGGAAGGAAUGUGUCACUCAACACUUCAACUUUCCUGAAAUUGAUAUUGACUAGCUAUGGUACCUGAUUUAAUAGGAUUUCUGUUCUUCAAUUGAAGCAUGUCAUCUACAACAAAUUUCAGUGAGGAACUAAAGCUGAUUGGAGUUCACAUUGGCCUUGUCUUCAUGGAAGUCUCCAAAUAUCUCUGCUUGAGGUGGGACUGUGACACCUCCCUUCUCUCCAAGACUUUAAACUGUCUGUGCAGAGAACAAUGUCUCUGUUUCAACAUAUUCAGCAUGUCACAGCCGCUAAGAAGAACAUCUGUUUGAGAAUGAGGAUGAUGACAGUGGCACACAAUUCAAAGGGAAGCCUCGUAACCAUAUGGAUUGGUGGCUUGACACCACUGGAAGGUAACAAUCCAUUGGCACUCUACAUAGCCUCAAAAUCCCUUAAUACAUAAGGAGAAGAUGCCAAAAGGAAAAGGACAAAUUUCUAUUGACAAGUAAUGGAUGGCUGGUGCAUGAAGGACUCACUGGUCUCUUUUAAUUUGAGUGAGUCUUCCACAAUUCCAGGCAAAACAACUCGAGUAAAAUUUGGUCCAGAUAGGUGCAAAAUACUUGGCUGUGGGAUCGAUGGAACGGAACCUCCACAUAUUUGGCCUCCCUGGGGAUGAUGGUCCAACAGAGUCGUAAAACACCUUCAGCUCAACCUUAUUCCGGAAACAACCCUCACAGUAUUUCCUGCAGUUGUUGGGUCAAGUGUAUUUUACAGGCUUCGAGUAAUGGUGGAAUUUUGAGCUUUAUCAUAUUUAAUCCUUUGGUGUUGACUGGAUGCUUCAAUUCUAAUCCGUUAAGAAUUCUGCAGCAAUCAUCCCUAGGCCCAGCGAGCUAUUGCGCCUGAUGAUUUACCGAAAGAGAACUGCACAAUGUCUUCAUUGGAGCCAGAUGUUUUACCAACUCCUACAGAUAGAAAGUUUCCUGGGGAAAAAGGUUGAGCGGCUCUACUAGAUACUCCAGGCAUCCAACUAUGAUGAUUUACUCUGCUAUCAAGAAUUAUGCCGCGUCCAUAAUGCUGCCGAGUUCUCAACCGACAUUGGUUCAGAAUUAGAAGAAGCUACUAGAAAUCAUUCUCUGCUUGAUGGAUGUCAUCUUCAGCCGUCCUUCAGAAGAUGGUACCAUUCCAUUGAAUAUCAUUGCAGAGGGCACCAAACUUUCCGUAGAGAACGUGGAAUAUCUUCUCAUGAAGAGCCUUUUUGCAUUUCUUGUAAGUUCACAUGGAUUUAACUAUGGUUAGCCCUUGACAAGGACCAUUCGGCACUAAGGCCUCAUGAGUGAUCUAGGAUUAUAGCAAGGUGGCACAAGGGCUCAAUGCCUUGGGCAAGGAGAUGACUUGGUGAGCCAUGGACGCAAUACCAUGGCAAGUGUAGCACCAAGAGAGAGACUUGAAUAGGGCACAACAAUGUGAAAAGUUCAAGGAGGACAUCAAAGCUUGCUAUUUAUAACAGUGUAAUGACACCUCCAUCUCUAGUUCCUAGACUGUUUCAGAAGCAAAAAUUAAUCACCAUUCUAAAGAACUUCUCGUGUGACAAAUGUUUUCUGUGAUCUAUAAAUGUGAUUCAUGUAGUUACGUUGGAAAUAUAUUUCAUGAAGCUUUAAUGGGAUU